AUGCUGGAGGAAAGGGAGAUUUGUGAAUCGUUGCUUAACGUCCCCCUAUCGUCACAUAAUCUCCUAAACACCAAUGAAAGUCCUUCUCAUAUUGCUGUGAUCACCCUCUCGCCUGUGCUUAGUAGGCCUCACCGCCACAACAAAAAACUGUCGAAAUCUCGCUUGAGUAUCUCAAAGUGCCAUACCGACGCCAUAACCGUCUUAUGCCCCAAAAUGAAGGGCCACAAGACCCCCCACAGGUCCUCUCGUGAACCUGGGGGGCUCGAGAACGUGACCAAUGAAGCAUGGGCUAAUUUUAUGCGCAACACCCAAAAUUCAGAAGCAACUAGUAUUAACGGCUCAAAAAAGAGGGCGUCGGACUCUUCGCCCCCACCGAAUCACGCAGCACCCUCAGUGCCGAAGACACCACCCCAGAAACCCAACCGCGUAUUGCAAAGUGCGACUGUCGAAAAUUUUGUAACAUUGAUCAACUCUGCUUGGGAAGCCGCCACUAGAUUAAAAACGGAACUCUCGCCACCAGCGCUAGAUGAAUCGGUCAAAAAGAAAAUCGAGGAUAUCUAUGUCAUGUUCGGUGCACCCCUCCCAAAGUUCCCAGACAUAACUCCCCUGUCCAUUGCCCUUGAACACGCUACUGCCACAUGUAAGAGCUUGGCUCAAAUGAACGCUACCCUUACAGCGGAGCUAGCGAAGGUGAAUGAGAAAAUAAUGCAGACACAGGAACCUGCAGCUAACAUGCCGAAAACAGUGAACACCACGCAUUCUGCGCCAGCGCCCUCAGUACAAUCCCCCACAUCCCAGAACAACAACCACCACACCAUCAUACACUCAGCAAACCCCAUCCCAAUCAAACCAACCAAGAAACCAAAUAAUAAACCGCCCCAGCCAACACUACCCUCCCAAAAGAACCACCCUAGCCGCCUGAUCAUUGCCACCGACCUGCCGCUUCCUAUUCACAAGCGUAACAUACAGCCCGACACAGUCCGACGUAUUAAUAUGCUACUGAAGGAGAAGCAACCCAUGGCGAACAAGCAAAUCUUGGCUGCAUACUCCUCUGCGCGAGGCAACAUCGUUGUUGUUGGAGCAGUUGGAACACACGCAGUAGACUUAACACCCCUCAAAGAGGAAAUAGUCAGCAUUAUCGAUGAUGGCCAGCCCUACCGAACAACUGCCUGGCAAGACAAAGCCCUAUAUCGGAAAAAGCUUGAUGGUGUCCCCACCAGGGAGACGCCAGGAAGCGACCCAUACAACCCCGAACAAAUUCUUACUCAACUUCGAGAUGGGUACAGCCCGCUCUGGGACCAAUUCAGCCCCACAGCACCACCAUCUUGGUUGGCCAGCAAUGUGAAACUAUGA